UAUUUAAAAAUUAGCAAGGUGGAAUGCGGCAGCGUGGAGGACAUAGACGGGCUCAGGGAUCGGAUCACUACAGUGAUCCACCGUGGACCUCAACAUCUAGACUUUGAGAGCUUCACCGAGUAUAGGGAUCACGACGACACAUUUUUAUAUCCUUUUAUCGACUACGUACCUCUGAAUCUCUACACGAGCAGGACUUUGGUUUCCUUGAAGCUCACGUUUUCGGGUCUCGAGGAUCCUGGUUUCGUUUCUUUGCCUUGUCUCAAGUCCAUGACCCUUGUAAAAGUUCACUUUCUUUACGCAGCGCAUCUGGAGAAGCUCGUGUCAGGGUGUCCUGUUCUUGAGGAACUUACCUUGGUAAGGAAUAUGGAUCCUAUUCUUGUGGGUACGGAUGAAAAGAUUAUGCGUGUGAGGUCCGGGAGCUUGAAGAGGUUUCGUGUUCCGCUUUGGCACGGUAAGCUUUGCAGGUCGUCUGUGAAAUGCACGCUUGAGAUCGAUGCUCCGGUGCUGGAGCAUAUGACUCUCGGAGAAGAUCAGUAUCAUAGCGUCAUGGUAAAGAACCUGACUUCUUUGUUCAUGGUUGACCUUGGUAUCAAGUUUGCUGUCAAGUUUGGCGAGUUCGUUGAUCCGGGGGAGGACUUCUCAAAGAGAAAUGAAAUCCGUUACUUUCUCUCUGGGAUAUCGAGUGUAAAACACAUGAUCAUCUCUGAGAAAACAGUCAAGGUCCUUGAGCUUUACUCUAACGUAGGGAUGAUUCCAAAGUUCAAUAACUUAUCACGUUUAGAAGCCAUGUUCCCUUGUCAUUCACUACACUUUUUGCCAGCCUUUCUUGAGUGUUGCCCCAGUCUGAAACACCUAAUCUUGGAGAUUUAUUAUCCAAUUGAGACGGAGAAUGUAUACCAACUCGCAAAUGUGCCAGGGUGCUUCUUAUCGACCCUCGAGUGUGUUCAGCUAAAGAGAAUCCAUGUGUGGGGAGAACAGGAGAUGGAAGUAGCUACUUACUUUCUUGAGAACGCAGCAGUCCUGAAGAAACUCACUCUGAGUCUCAUCAACUAUCCUCGAUAUGUCUCUGAUGAAGAAAUCUUCGAGGAGGUUAAUAGAGUUGCAAAACGUUCUCCAACAUGUCAGAUUCUUCCUGAUUGGGAUUUAUGUGAAUGAGGGAGCAGUAUCAUUGAGGGAGCCUGUUCUUAUCAUGCAAAAUUUGCAGUUAGUUUUUUUUGUAAGACAUUUUUUUAGUUCUGGUUGGAUUCCUUAUGAUCAGUAUCAUUUCUUGGUUUUGGUUUAUACAAGUUAGUUCCUUAGUGUGGUGAUCAUAUGCUUUUAAAGGAUUAGAAGAGUA